GACCUCAUGUGUGCCAAUUAUUGGCCGUUUAAACGCCUACGCGAACGGCAACAUACAAGUAUGUACUGAUUCAUUUUUGUACGACAAUUGAAGGUGUGCAGUCAAGCAAAGAGAAAAUGUCCCGUCCCCGCCCAGCAUGGCUCUUGCAAGAGCUAGCCGCCCAGAGACGUGAUAAUGAGUUACGUAAAUCAGAAGAACAGAAGAAAGUGGCCAGUUAUUUUGAACUUAGUACAGCUAAGUCAAAACAUCAUGAACAAUGGACUACACAGGGGUAUUAUGAGAGAGCUAAUAAAGAAGCCGAAUUGCUAAGUGAAAGAAAGAUUAAAGCUGCCCAACUAGAAGAGCGUAGAAAGAAGUUAGAAUUGAUGUUUUUCCAAGAGAACAUGCAGUAUCAACAGGAAUUAAAGGCAUUGGCUGCUCAGCCUAAGUUUUUUAAAAAUGGAUCAUACCUAAACAACGUGCCCACGUCAACUCUUAAAGAGAUAAACCAGGGCAUCAUAGAAAAAGAAGAGCAGCUACGUCGCCAUGAAGCGGAGUUAAGGCUACACCACGCAUGGAGAUUGAGACAGCCCGAGAUCAGAGCUGCCAGCUCUUAUAUAGCUAAUGGAAAGCUUAAAUCUGCUUGGACAGAGCAAAUAGUAGAAAAAGAGAUUCAAAAAAGAAAAGACGAUGAAGAAACGCGUAAGAUACUACAAGAACGAGAUGAAGCGCUUCGGCGGCAGAUCGAGCUGGAGGAACAGAAGUUGCGAGAAAAACAACUGCAGGUUAAGGAGCUUCGAAACAGCCUAGAAGGCCAAAUAGCAGAACUGAGCGAGAAAGAAACAAUAGUCAAACGACUUCGUAAGCAAGAAGAAAGGGAAAUAUUGAUACUUGACGAGCUUCACUUCAUAUCGUGUGAAAGAGAACGAGAAUAUGCAAAGCUUGUGUCAGAAAGAGAUGCCACUAUUAUUAAUAUGGGUCUGCAUAAGUAUAAGCUAAAGAAAAUGGUGUUGUGUGUUUUGAAGGAAAUUGAAUUGGAUUUGGUUAUGUUGGAAAAGAUUAAGAGAGCGGUGAUGAAGGACUACGAGACCGACAAAGAAAAACCGUCCACAUACAAACGCGUAUUAGACGCAGCACUAAAAGAGUUAGAAGAGUACAGAGAGAAGGAGCGGCUUAGACAACGAAAUAUUGAUGCUAUGUACGACGGAGAAGCCAGACAGAUUAACGAGAAACAGGACAAGCAAUGGGCAAAAGAACGGGAAGCCCGUUGUAACCUUAUGAACGAAGUGUUAUCGGUAUUAAAGCGACAAAUCGAAGAAAAGAUAGAAAUUAACAGACAGAUGCAGAGGGAAAACGUCCUCGAACGAGAGAAGAUCGUCGACCAGAUGGAUAACUUCCACCAGGAAGUCAAAGCCAAGGAGAGGGAGACACAAUUGACGAACGCGUCAACAUCAGCGAUAACAGCGCUGCAAUCGCAAUUGAACAGUCUCCGCAUGCAGCAGCAGCAGUUAGAGGCUUCAGCAACCAGGGAACAGGAACUCAGAGCGGCCAUGGACCGAGAGCGGUCGGUUCGACGCGAGAUCGCCAAAAUGCAGCGGUGUGGCAGUGCGCAUUCAUGGAACACUGACCAUUAAGCACAACUUUUUUUUUGAACUCCCAACUCAAAAUCUAUUCCCUGGUUAUUUGGCCUUAAAAGUUUGGUCAUGUUCAACUACUCUCAACGAGCUAUAAUCUAAUAUCGAGAAAUGUGGUUUCUCAAUUUCCCGUUAAAUUGUGUAUUAAUGUAAAAUUACACGAGCUCAAAUACUUGUAAACUGACAUACAAAAAAGCUAUAUGCAAAUUUUCAAAAUAUUAAGAAAUAUUCUACAGAUUUGGAAAAAAGACACGACACUCUACUAAACAAUUAAGUUAUUAAUUAAUUUAUUCUAUGUAUCUGUACAUUCACUAUUUUAUUUCAAAAGUCUUGCGUCCUGGGUCAAUUCCAUUAACCC